AAGAGUAGAGAUUUUCUGUGGUUUCAUUGUCAGCAUGAAACUAAUUGUAGUUUUUGUUAAAUGUUGUCAAGACGUUAUGUUGGAUGACGCAGGAGGAUGCAAGUAAAUAUAUUCCAGUGACAGGCGUUUGUCAUUGAGAUUCCCCCAAUGUGGCACGGGUUACCAUACCAUAUAGUUUACACUUACAUUACCCCAGAGUGCUAGUACAGUAAUACCACGAGUAGUAGUACCCCUACGUACCACAUUAUAGGCAGUUACAUGGCUCUGGUGUGGAAAAUUGCAGGGAGCUUUCUGCUCCCUAUUACCAUCGUUUAUCUGCUCAUCAGAUUCUGUGGUAGGAAAAAACUGUGCCUGAGGAACAAGGUUGUCCUUAUUACCGGGGCGAGUUCCGGUCUAGGGGAAGCCUGUGCCCACGCAUUCUAUAGAGCAGGCUGCAAGUUGAUCCUAGCAGGAAGGCGAGGGAAGGAAUUACAGCGUGUAAAAGAUGAUCUGCUGACUAAAACUGACGUCAAGAAUGACAAAGUUCACCCACCAGAGUUAGCAGUUUUAGACAUCACAGAUGCUUCAUCCCUCCAGGAAAAAAUGGCAUCAAUUGUAGCUUUAUAUGGUGUGUUGGAUAUCCUCAUCAACAAUGCAGGCAUCAGCUACAGAGGGGAGAUAGAACACACAAAUAUGGAUGUGUACCGAAAAUUGAUGGAGGUUAAUUUUUUUGGCCAGAUUGCACUGACUAAAGAAAUUCUACCAGUUAUGGUCCAGCAAAAGAAGGGGAUGAUAGUGUUCAUUAGCAGUAUGCAGGGAAAGGUUUCCAUUCCCUACAGAUCUGCAUACUCUUCAGCAAAACACGCUCUUCAGGCUUUCUCAGACUGUCUGCGAGCAGAGACAGCCGAGAGAGGUGUGGAUGUGUGCGUGGUCAGUCCAGGCUACAUCAGCACGAACCUCUCCCGCAAUGCUGUCAGGGGAGAUGGCUCUUUACAUGGAGUGAUUGACAAGACCACAGCCUCUGGGAUGACACCCCAGGAAGCAGCCCAGGCAGUUUUACAGACUGUGACAUACAGACAUCAGGAUGUUGUGCUCUCGUCCAUAACACAUAAGCUGGCUAUAUAUAUCAGGACUCUGCUACCAUCCUUGUUCUUCUGGAUCAUGCUAAAACGGGCCAAAAAAUACAGAGAUGAGAACAAAUAG